AUGACUAACAACAACGAACAAAAUGGCCGCCAGCCUCCUUUACCGCCACAGACACAGACAUCAAACCGACAAACUUCAGAUCAACAAAGUCAGUUUAGGAAAUGUCGUGACUUUGUUUGGGGCAUAUGCACUAAAGGUGCACAGUGUAAAUUUCGACAUGAGUUAGAUGUAGAGUAUAUGAAAGAAAUUUUGAGAUUUUGUCACGAUUACCAGAACAAAACAGGCUGUAAUAGACCAGAUUGCACAUAUUUGCAUGCGAGUAGAGAAGAAGAAAACCUAUUUCUAACCACAGGCCAAAUACCUAGAGCCCUGGCGGAAAGAUAUGCAGCGAUGUCCAACGCACCGAUGAGCAUGUAUGUGAACGAGUAUUUAGCUCAACCACCACCGCCACCUCCGCCGCCUCCACCGCCACCGCCGCUGCCAAGUUCAGCGUUACCACCUCUUCCAGCAUCUACGUUAUUGGCACCACCACCGCCUCCACCACCUCCGCCGCCGCCAACGACAGCUGUUACACCUGUUCAGACGACACCACCCCUAUUUUCAGCUCCACCUUCCUUUACCAGUCCUGCAAUGUUUACGACUACUCAGCCACCACCACCACUGCCACAUAUUUUCGACGCCAGUAGACCUCCUCCGCCAUUGCCAACUAAUGCAACUUCUAAUAAAAAUGGCGCCAUCAAACGAUCUGCCGAGCUUUCUGAUGAGGCCGGACCAAGCAAAACCAAGAAAGCGGACUGCGUCAAAGUUGACGGCCACUGCGAAAACUGUAUCCAGCGGGAACUCAGGGCUGAGCUCUACCGCCAGGAGUUGCAGAAGUUGGAAUGUGAACAUGAAUACCAGUCGUACAUAUUUGAGAAGAAGUCUGCAGAAUAUGCCAAUGGCCGAUUGUUGCUGAAGUCAGCCGUGAGCUCAGAUUGGUUUCGUAUCCUGGACGAAUAUAUAGAGGAGUCUUCUGAACCGGCGCAAACACACGAUCUACUAAGCCAGUUCAACCAAGCGUCGUCACUUACUGAAACAUCCACCGUGCCAAGACAGUUUCUACUGCAGUUAAUAGAAUGUGUGUUUCGCAAACAAAGACCUGUUGUAGAAACGCCGCCUGCACCAGUCGGAAUAGAUGAAUCCCCACUAUUGCAGUCACUGGCUGGGUUGACCAGGAGACCCAAUCCGAUGAAUCAUAUGUCUACCGACGUGAUACAGACAAUGUUGGAUAUGAUAAGAAAUUCGGCGGCAUUGAGCGGCAUUAACGAUAGAAACCAAAUCAAUGAAUCUCGCGCAAAAGAGAUUCUAAAUUCGGAACGAAGCAGACCUAGACCCGUCAGAUAUCCCUGCACGACAAAUAUCGGAGUUCGAACGUUCUCCAGUGGAAUGGCUAGCUCGGUGGCUUCAGCUUCACAUAUUCCGACGGCUCCUUACUUACCUAAUACGUCUCACCUGCCGAAUGCUCCUCACCUACCUAAUACACCACUUGGUUCUAUUGAACCUCGUCCCCCGACUGUACCUCAUCCGCCACCAGCCCCGCAUCCCCCGAUUGCUCCUCAUCCCCCGAUUGCUCCUCAUCCCCCGAUUGCUCCUCAUCCCCCGACUGCUCCUCAUCCUCCAAGCGCACCCUAUCCCCCGACUGCUCCUCAUCACUCAUCUCCUAGUGGUCCUCAUCUUACAACUGCAUCGCAUCCUUCGACUGCAUCCCACCCUCCUAGUGUUUCUCAUCCGCCAACUGCGCUACAACCCCACGUGAGAGCCGUAACUACGCCAUCAACGUAUUUGCCGUACCAGCCGGCUGUUCCACCACCACCGACUAGGGGUUACUAUCCGCAGGCGUAUCCUAGUAACGUACCAAAUGCUCAGCAAAUACAUUCAAAUUUUCCUGUGCGAGUGGCAGUAAAUCCACAAAUACCAGCUCGUCCUUCUACAUCGACGACAGCGACGGUGACGGCGUCGACACCGUCGGUACAAAACACGCAGAAUUACAAUGCGUAUGUUAUGGCCAGAUAUCCCCCCCAGCCACCCUAUGGUCCAUUUCAAUAA